UUAUUUGUCAAAUAACAAACUGAAUUCAUCUUUUUAUACCCAAACCUGAGCUGACUCAGUCAGACAUUAAUCAAGCAUAAACAUUCAACUUAUUAUCUUUAGUUUUUUCUGUUCAGGGAUGCACGUAAAUAACUAUAAUCUGGCAUCUUUAUCAAGAAAUAAUAAUGUGCUUUACUAUUUUUUCUGUAGUUAUAGCCGGUAGCCUAUAUACAUAUAACUGGUUAUGGUUAAUGCCUAACCUUCCUGAUUCAAAUCUCUUUCCUUGGAAAUGAUGAAGACCAGGUUUUUGAGGACUACUGGUCCAAACAAGGUCAGUGAUCCUGUCAGAACAAGUAGUGUAUUCAAAAAGCGGACCUUUUUAAAAUCAUCAUUCCUGUGUGUUCUGUUGUGUUGUGUACUAAUAAUCCACAUGCAUCCAGCUGUGUGGUGUCUUCAUGCGUCUUGGCGUGGGAACAUCUGUGCAGCGUCACCUCACAGUUCACAAUGUUGCUGUUGUUACUCUUCUUCAUCAAUUGAAAAGUGCGUAUUGAUAUUUCUGUACAAGUCGGAGCUGUCAGAGAGUGUGACAGGAGGAGGGAGGAACAGAAAGAGCGCGCUUUGGAGACGGGAAGCUGCUCAGUGGCUUAGUGUGUGGCGCGCACCUCCCCUCUCCAUAACGCGGCGAGCCUUCUCUCGCUUCACGGAGUCUGCCUGCAAUUCCUGCUUUUCAUGCCAGAGCCUGCAGCUGCUGUCUCUGUUGCGUCCCUCUGCGGCUGUGAGCGAAACCGUCGCCUCUCUCGUCACAGACCGACGCCAGACUUUUGAACACGCAAAGACUCAAAGACUCAAAGACAGAGAAAUAGCGCAACUUAAAAAAAAGACAUUCCAACAGCACAGCGAGGAGACGGUGUGAGGACACCUGACAGACACUUCACCCUCUUCCGAGUGUUGACUGAAAUCUUUUUCAACUGUGAAGACAGGCUACAGGAAUGUGGAGUAAAAAUCUGUCUCCACGUAAAACGACCUGCCUCUGCCUCUGCCCCUGACGCCAUGACCACAGACUUAAACUUAACCUCCCUGCUGAAUGUCACAGAUCUCCACAAUCACACCCGAGGAUGUUCCCUCACCAAGACUGGCUUCCAGUUCUACUACCUGCCCACGGUUUACAUCAUGGUCUUCAUCACGGGGCUGGUGGGCAACAGCCUGGCCAUUUGGAUGUUUGUGUGCCACAUGAGACCCUGGAGCAGCAUCUCUGUCUACAUGUUCAACCUGGCUCUCGCUGACUUCUGCUACGUCCUCUCUCUGCCCUUCCUCAUCUUCUACUACUUCAACAAAACGGACUGGAUAUUCGGGGAUGUCCUGUGCCGCCUGCAGCGUUUUAUAUUCCACGUGAACCUUUAUGGGAGUAUUCUGUUCCUGACGUGCAUCAGCGUCCACAGGUACACCGGGGUGGUGCACCCGCUCAAGUCUCUGGGUCGACUGAAGAAGAAAAAUGCGGUCAUUACCAGCACUCUUGUGUGGGUGGUGGUUAUUAUAGGUAUCUCUCCCAUCCUUUAUUAUUCCAGGACCGGCUUGAAGCGUAACGCCACCACAUGUUAUGACACCACCACAGAGGACGAGUUACCGGGUUAUUUCAUAUACAGCAUGACACUGACUGUGUUCGGGUUCUGCAUCCCUUUUAUUAUCAUAUUUUGUUGCUACGGCAUGAUUGUCAAAGCCCUAAUUUGCAACGACGUAAACAAUGCGCCGCUGCGGCAGAAAUCAAUCCAUUUGGUUAUCAUCGUGCUCGCCGUCUUCGCCGUCUCCUACAUGCCUUUCCACGUCAUGAAGAACCUCAACAUGAGGGCCAGGCUGUACUUCCAGAGCCCUGACAUGUGCAAGUUCAAUAACCACGUCUACGCCACCUACCAGGUGACAAGGGGACUGGCCAGCCUUAACAGCUGCGUGGAUCCUAUUCUUUACUUCCUGGCCGGAGACACGUUCAGGAGGAAGCUGUCACGGGCGACUAAGAAGCCCUCCAGGAAGGGAGACACUGUCCUUCAGUCUAAGAGUGAGGAGACAGCGCUCAACAGCCUGGCUGAGUAUGUGGAGAACGGAGACCGGAGGCUGUGACCGGACACCUCAAAGUGUCGAGCACUGGGUGUGGAUCUGUAUUAGCUUUAGAAACAACAAUGGACUUGAUCUUGUAUCAACAAAUACAGCGUCUGACACGUACGGCUAUAUGUAGAAUUUAUUGGAUGACGGUUUAUAAAACUUGUAGGACAAAUCCUCCGCCCUGUGAUAACCACCGCUUGCUCGCAGCUUGUUGAUGUUAAUAACCUGUAGUACUGUAUUGUUGUGUACAUGUGUUGUUCUUAAUGUUACAGCCAUUACUCUUCAUUCUGAUUGAAUAGCUAGCGUUGCUUACACUUGGUGUACACAAAAAUAAACAUUACCAUCGGGCAGGCUGCGGAUAAAGAGGUUCCUCUGCAGGCAUCAAUGCCCCGUUCAUCCAUUUGUUCAGGGAAAAGGAAAUAGACUGAGAAUGGAUAGCACCUUCUCUAACAACUGGACUGAUGCUUAAUCAAUAGCUAUUUAGCAGGUGGGGGUUUGUGGUGAAGGAAGAGCACCUGGCUUUUAGAGGAGAAAAGUUAAAGCACUGAAAGUGAAAUUGCUGCAUGGACAUGUCAUGCAGACACGGCUCUGCUCAGACUGCAAGAAAAUCAGACUUUUUCUCAGAUCAGAUUAUUAUCGUUAGUUGUACGCUGUCGAGAUGACAUAAACCUUUGUUCACCUUUGUGGUGUGGCUUUCAAACAUGGAUGCAGGUGAAAAAACAUGCCCUUUAAAGUCGCAGUGCAAAAAUCCUCCAUCGCACAGGAAAAGCUCGGCAGAGGAGGAGAGUGGAACCUAUUUUGCACGUGUUCUGUGCUGCAGUCACAGCUGACGUCACUCCACAUGUUUACAUGCACAGUUUAAUCGAGCGAGUCCGACCAAGACAGGCGAUCGAGUAUACAUGCGGAGGAGGGAUUUAUUGGCCGCGUACGCCUGACUCCACCUCCGUAGGUUGCCGCUGUAUCUCUCCAUAACCUAGUGCGCAUUGAAUCAGUUUCCUGUUGACCUUUACAGCACAGAAAAACAAACGGUGAAU